UCAUGUUUUGUUACGUCAUGAUGAGCAACAUUGCUUAUGUAGACGGACUGAGAGUUAUUGUAUCUUUUUUUGGGUCAUUAUUAAGUGCUUUUUUAUAUAUAUUUGCAGCUGUAAACUUGUAACAAUAAUCCGUAAGAUAUAAUGCAUUACAGGCUUCUUGUAUACCGUGUAUUGAUCUUUAAAACGGCGCAGGUUUGUUAGGCAGUAAGUUACAUUAUCUUCAGGUCAACAUGUUUUUGUGGAUUCUGUAAAACAGUAACGUUACUACAAUUAUUAAACUCUGCAAGUCAUGAUGUUCUUUAGUUUGUUUCGGAUAUUUAAGCGAGAUGCUUCCAGCGGAAUUCAGAGAAUCUAAGUACUUCGAAAGUUUCGACAAAUACAUAAAAGAAUUAUGGCAUCACCACAGAUGAAGGAGCGCCUGUCAAGUGUUGUGUUAAACACUGUAUCAAAAGGAGCAUCUCCAGAAUCAAAAUGCCCAAUAUGCCUGGAUCAUUUCAAAAACAUAUCAUAUCUGGAUGUGUGCUUACAUAAGUUUUGCUUCUGCUGCAUCCAUGAGUGGUCGAAGAACAAAGCAGAAUGCCCUUUGUGCAAACAGCCAUUUAAUUCAAUUUAUCACACCAUUAAGUCUGAAGAUAACUACAAGAGGUUUGACCUGCGACCAACUGAAAAUGGCUCAUUUGGCAACAUGGCAGGGCAAAGAUUCAGGUAUCGCACCACGCUUACAGGCAACCGCAGACCAGCACCGAGGAGAACGUCUCCUCCUCCUGACCAUGGGGUCAUAUUUGAGGGCCUGAGGGGAUCUCUUCCACAGCGGCACAACAGAGAUCUCCACAGCAUGUUAAGGAGGUUGGCAGUAAGACAAAGAAGAGAGAGAGAGGGAAGAUCUGUGCAAAGUCUUCGCGAACAAGAAAUGGUUAAAUUCAGACGGGCCUUGUACAGAAGAGGUGUGCAAGUCCAGAGCGUUCAGGAUGGUGGUCGUAGCAGGGAGACUUCUGCAGAGUUCUUCAGAAGAAAUCCUGCUUGUCUCCACAGGCUUGUGCCUUGGUUGAGACGAGAGCUGACUGUUCUGUAUGGCAGUCACGGUUCCCUUGUCAACAUAGUGCAGCACAUCAUCAUGACUUUGAUCACUCGACAUAACUUGGAUGACCAGGCUGUUGUACACGAUCUUCGACCCUUCUUGCUAUCCCAUACAGAGCACUUCCUACAUGAGUUUCUUUGUUUUGCUCAAUCCCCGUUCAACAUGGAGGCAUAUGACCAGCGUGCAGUUUAUGACUUGCCUCGGCCCUCCGGAGAGGGUAGCAGUUCGGAAACCUCUGUGAUCGCCAUCUCUGAGGAUGAAAGUGAUUCUUUAGUGUCAGGAUCCCAGGAUUAUGCCACUCCUAGUCUGACCUUAAGCCAAACAGCAUGGGAUGAUGAGACCCCAGGGCCAUCCUACUCCUCAGAGCCAUCUCAGGUAUUACCUUUCCCUGUGAGGGACUCGGAUUCUGAUAGCAGUGUAGGGGAAGCAGUAGUGUCUGUUGCUGCUGUGCCACAUCAAGACCAUCCAGCAAAUACUGGCACUAUUGCAGUGGAAGAGGAGCAUUCCGCUAGCAGUGAGGAUGACUGUGUUAUUAUCAGCUAUGUUAAGCCAGUGUCUGAAAGGACUCCAGAACUGGUCCAGCUUUCAUCUGAUUCAGAACAUUCUGAGCAGAAUGUAGAGCUACGAAGCCCUCGGGCACCCCAACACAUUCGAUUUACUUCAGAGUCUGAUUUGUCUCCCACUGACACUCAGAGAACCUCGAGGAGGCCAACGAGAUGUUCUCGCUCACCUGAGAACACCACUAGUCACCCAAGAAAAGAAGAUAAAUAUGGCAAAGGGCAUCAUGAAAGGGAGUUGUCGGGAUCUAGAGAAGGAUCCUUGCGCAGCAACAGGAUACACUUCUCCUCUCGUAGCAGGAAACACCCAUUGUCUAAAGAGAGCAAGCAUAAGUGUAGACGAGAAAAAGAGACAAGUCACCACACCUCAUCUUAUUGGCAUUCAUAUAGCCAUUACAGUCAAAGAGACAGCAGCAGGAGAUGUUAUACAGAGACACGCUCAUCCUACACCAGCUAUUACAGAAGUGUACAUGAUCGCUUUCGUUCUCAAUCGCAUAGUAGAAGGCGGAGCAGAGACCGUCAGGACAGAAGUCACUCAAGGAGCAAUUCUAGAAUCAAGUCCAGCUCCUCCAAUCGUCAGGACAGAAGUUGCUCAAGGAGCAAUUCUGGGAUCAACUCCAAUCAUCAGGACAGGAGUCGCUCAAGAAGCAGAUCUAGAAUAAAGUUUAGCUCCUCCAACCGUCAGCACAGAAGACGCUCAAGGAGCAAUUCUAGAAUCAACUCCAGUUCCUCACAUCAGACAUCACGGCAUGAUGAUCACGGCAGGAAAAAGAAAUACAAAACAAAGCAUCAUGAGGAAUCCUCUUGCAAAUUGUUUACUGAUUCUGUUAAAGAUGAUGCAAAAAAGAAAUACAAGAAGCAUCACAAAAAGUUCAAGAGGAAAAGCAGGAGUCCAAGCAGAGAUGACAAAUCUGAGGGUCAGAGUCGGAAACAUCACAAGAAGAAGAAGAAACACAAGAGGAAGAGCAGGAGACGUAAUAGUGAGGAGAGGGUGGGAAAAAACAGCCCUGUUCUCAUUACAAUUUCUAGUGACAGUGACAGUGCUGACCCCAGUGAACCCUCAACCAGUAAUAUCUGUGCAGCUGGCUCCAUUGUCCCAAUAGCAAACAGUGCUACAGAAACUCAGCCGCUCAUGUCCAGAUUCCUAGACAUGGAGCAAGAGUCAACUGCUGGAACUGGAUGUAGUUCUGUGGGUGAUGCAGGGAAUCACCCCCCAGACAGUGAGUUUAACUGAACUCCUCAAUUUGUGGCAA